ACGUCAUCACUGAGCGCCCAGUAGAAGGCAGCGGCCUAAAGCAGUGGAAGGGGAUGUUGAGUCGGCUGCAGGAGCUCCGCAAGGAGGAGGAGACCCUACUACGUCUAAAAGCAGCCCUGCAUGACCAACUCAACCGCCUCAAGGUUGAAGAAUUAGCCCUUCAAUCAAUGAUUAAUUCUCGAGGAAGGACUGAGACACUGUCUUCUCAGCCUGCAUCUGAACAGUUAUGUGAUAUGUCACUACAUGUAGACAACGAAGCGUCAAUCAAUCAGACCACACUGAAGCUGAGCACAAGGAGCCCGAUGGAGGAGGAAGAGGAGGAGGAGGAGGAGGAGGAGGAAUCUGAUUCGUAAAGGGGGCACAAGGGUAGGCUUAGUUAUACAAACUAAAUCUCUUCAAAGAGGUCUAUGUGAAAGAUAUACUUUUGAAUGGAAGAGGCUCAGUCGAUAAAGUAUGAAAGGUCAAAUAUGAAGACCUGAGUUUGGAACCCCAGAACUGUGUAAAAUCAUAGGCAGAGUGUCACAUGCCUGUAACCCAAGCACCGGGGAUAGGAAGACCAACAGACCCUGAAGUACCUUGGUCAGCCCGUCUAGGCAAACCAGUGAGUUUUGAUUCACUUGGAGACUUGUCUGAAAAGAAUAGUUGUAAUGGGCAUAGAGGCCCAGCACACAUGGAAAGGGUUUAAAUAGCAAGCUGCAAAAAGAAAAGUUUUGUUUUUUUUCUGCUGAGAUAUAUAAAUCAGUUCCAUUUCACUACCGGAGGAAUGGGGAAAAGUAGAUAACAUUAUGUAAAAGAUCAUAGUAAGAUAACAAAGUUUUAGCUAACUCUGGCAUUUACAUACCUGCAAUCUCAGGCUUUGGGAUGCUCUAGCAAGAGUGAUUGCCAUCCGCUGUGAAGCCACCCUGGACUAUAACC